AUGAGUACUACGCGGAGAAGCGAACUGGUUAAUAGGCCAUGCAUGAUCACCGAGACAGGGCGAGUUUUGCCGUUACCUCCUAAUCGGGCCCCCUCAAGGUCUUCAAAGACCAUGAGGCUGCCGACGAAGCGGUUUGUCCCUUUAUUGAGUGCUACAGAGGUUGUUAAUCCUCGUGUGAGCUGCGAACGGUCUAUGCACAGGCAGAAGGAUUCCCCAUCUCGACCACUAAUCAAGGCAAAGGAGAAAAAAAAACAUAAAAAGCAGAGGAAAACUGUUGUCUCCCCUCGCGUGUGUGUCAUUGAGGAUCCGAAGAUUACGAUCCCUGAGGAAAUCGAUGCCGAUUCCAAGGAUAAAUAUCUAGAAAAGUUGUCCGUCACGUCAUUUUCAAAAUCCGAUACGUACAGCGAGUCCGACAGCCCAAGACUGGAUACGAUAAUUUGUGAUAAGAUUCAUGAGGGGACCGAGAAUCGACAGUAUAUGACCUCAUCAUCGACAUGCUCGUCUUUCUUAGAAGAAGAGCACAAAGCUUAUAACACAUGUCCUUUACUGAGACGUCCAGAAUCCAUAAGUCUAAGAAUCGAAAAUGAAAAUGUAGCCGAGAUUUUUGAGAAUCCGUACAAAUACCCUGAAUCCAAAAGGCAACACAAGAAGCACGACAGCCCUCGGGCUCGGUGGCUCACCCACAAACCUAAUCAGGAUUCAGAAGACGACCCGAAUUCGCGUUUGAACAACUCAAAAACUGUUUUAGUGCACAACAAUUGGCAUCUGCAUAUUCACUCUAAGACCAAUAAGAUGCAGAAUAAUCACGUGGAUACGCAGGUCGCAUACAUUGAAGGUCCCAGAGGUCAGAGUCUGGCGCGGCUCACACAUUUGAAGGGGAGAAACUCAUGGGAGCAGACUGAUAUCAACCAGAAGGUAGUGGAGCAUUCGGUACAUACUCUUCAUUUGAAACUCCUGGGGGGUGUUUCACCGGAUACAGAAAUACCAGGGUCGUCAAUAGAAGGCAGCGAGCUAGCACCCGCGAUGCCGUCACUCCAGGGAAUUCGACGCACUCAACAAGUUCGAUUUUAG